UGAGCGGAGGUGGAUAUUAGAUUUGGCCAAAGUUUCAGGGGUGUUCUGUGACAAACUUUCUAUUAACUUUAAGAUGCCUUCUCUUGGUCAGUCGUCGUCUUCAUCGACUUUUCCCGACUUCAAUUCCACUGCUCCAUCGCCGGCGUAGAUCAACGAUAUACUUCUAUACGAUCAUCUAUAUGGCUAUAGAGACCAGCUUCAUCUCGUUACUUUUUGUCGUUUUGAUUUCUGUUUCCGGGGCUGCUAGUAACGACGGCGAUUUCCGCGGUGCUGUUUUCGGCGUGAAUUCCAAAUUCUCUGGCAAGGAACGAUCACUUAGUCUUUUCAAAGCUCACGACAACCUUCGUCAUCUUCAGAUUCUAGCAUCUGGUGUCGACCUACCUCUCGGUGGAACCGGUCGUCCUGAUGCCGUUGGGCUUUACUAUGCCAAAAUUGGAAUUGGAACACCACCAAAGGAAUACUAUGUGCAAGUAGAUACAGGAAGUGAUAUAAUGUGGAUCAACUGUAUACAAUGCCGAGAGUGCCCCAAGAGAGGCUAUCACGGGCUGGAACUUACACUAUACGAUCCAGAAGAUUCAUUCACAGGGAAAUUGGUUACAUGCUCUCAAGAUUUUUGUGCAGAGAUCAAUGGUGGUGCAGUUACUGGUUGCAAGGCCAAUGCAUCUUGUCUAUAUACAGAGACUUAUGGUGAUGGGAGCUACAGUAUUGGUUACUUUGUAAUGGAUGUUGUUCAGUAUGACAGUGUCUCAGGUGAUUUGGAAACUAAGCUGGCAAAUGGAAGUGUCAUAUUUGGGUGUGGUGCUAGACAAUCUGGGAAUCUAGGUUCAUCUGAGGAUGCACUUGAUGGGAUUCUUGGUUUUGGAAAAUCAAAUUCAUCAAUCAUUUCACAGUUGGCUUCAUCUGGAAAAGUGAAAAAGAUGUUUGCUCAUUGUCUGGAUGGUGACAAUGGUGGUGGUAUUUUUGCAAUUGGUCAUGUUGUUCAACCCAAAGUCAACUCAACACCUUUGAUCCCAGAUCAGCCUCAUUAUGCUGCAAAUCUGAUGGGAAUUGAAGUUGGAAACCAAUUUCUAAAUAUUUCAACAAAUACAAAUGGUUCUGGGGACAAAAGAAGAACAAUAAUAGAUAGUGGUACAACAUUGGCUUAUCUUCCUGAUGCAAUCUACAAGCCAUUAGUCAACGAGUAUACAUGCUUUGAAUUCUCCAGAAGCGUUGAUGAUGGAUUUCCUCCGGUUACAUUCUAUUUUGAAAAUUCACUUUCCUUGAAGGUUUAUCCACAUGAUUACUUAUUCGCCUUUGAAGAUUACUUGUGUUUUGGCUGGCAAAAUAAUGGCAUGGAUUCUCUUAGCUCAUCAGACACACUUGUACUUGGAGAUUUGGUACUAUCAAAUAAGCUUGUGUUAUAUGAUCUUGAAAAUCAAACAAUUGGAUGGACUGAGUAUAAUUGUUCUUCAAGCAUUAAACUAAGGGAUGAAAUUACUGGAUCAGUGCAUUUAAAUCAAGUCAUUCCAUCUGAAUCUGCUGCGCGAUUUCUCCAGGGUUUCUCAUCUGGUGAAUUACGCAUGGAUUACAGGAUGCCUGAUAAUGAUGUUGAGGGAAUCGAUUACAUGGCAGAUGAGGUGGACAUUUUGGAUUUUGUGAUGGAUGAUGAUGAAGUCAAUGGUGAUGGAGCUCGAUUUGCUGAUGAUAAUGAAAUGGUGACAGAUACAUCUUCAGCUCAAGCAAGAAGAGGCAAAGACAUUCAAGGCAUUCCAUGGGAAAGAUUGAAUAUAACAAGAGAAAGUUACAGACAAACAAGACUAGAACAAUACAGAAACUAUGAAAACAUUCCAUUAUCAGGUGAUGCUGUUGAUAAGAAAUGUAAACAGAAACAGAAAGGUGGCAACUACUAUGAAUUUUUCCAUAAUACCAGAAUAGUCAAGCCUACGAUUCUUCACUUUCAGCUAAGGAAUCUGGUGUGGGCUAACUCAAAACAUGAUGUGUAUCUCAUGUCUAACUACUCAAUUAUGCAUUGGUCAUCAUUAUCUUACAAUUUAACUGAGAUUCUUAAUUUCUCUGGCCAUGUAGCACCCACUGAGAAACAUGCUGGGAGUUUGCUGGAAGGUUUUACACAAACUCAAAUCAGUACACUUUCAGUCAAAGAUGAUUUUCUAGUUGCUGGAGGAUUUCAAGGAGAGCUUGCUUGUAAGAGGUUGGAUAAACAAGGAGUAAGUUUCUGCACAAGAACAACUUAUGAUGACAAUGCCAUAACAAAUGCUGUUGAGAUAUAUGACAGCAUAAGUGGUGGAAAGCAUUUUAUGGCAUCAAAUAAUGAUGGUGGCGUGAGAGAAUACGAUAUGGAGAGAUUUCAACUUAUGAAUCACUUCCGUUUUCCUUGGCCAGUCAACCAUUCUUCAUUAAGCCCGGAUCGCAAACUUAUAGCUGUAGUUGGAGAUCAUCUUGAUGCACUUGUUGUAGACUCAACAAAUGGAAAAACAGUGGGAUCGGUGGAGGGACACCUGGACUACUCAUUUGCAUCGGCGUGGCAUCCAGAUGGAAGAAUAUUUGCAACAGGAAACCAAGACAAGACAUGCAGAGUGUGGGACCUACGAAACCUAUCAAACCCGGUUUCGGUUCUCAAGGGGAACAUGGGGGCAGUCCGGUCAGUCCGGUUCUCAUCAAACGGGCAGUUUUUGGUGGUGGCUGAACCCGCUGAUUUCGUUCAUGUUUACAACACCAAUUUAAACUAUGAAAAACGACAAGAAAUUGAUUUUUUUGGGGAGAUUUCCGGGGUUUCAUUGAGCCCAGAUGACGAAUCCCUUUAUAUUGGAGUGUGGGACCGGACUUAUGCCAGUUUGUUACAGUAUAACAAACGCCAUAACUAUGGCUACCUUGAUUCCUUUGUGUAGUAAGUAGUGUGUGUGUAGCGAGGGGGUACUACUCUAGAUGAUGCUUAAUAAUGU